CAUGCGCGCUACGUUGUUUAUAAUUUUGGCGCUGCUUGGCUGCUCCUGCAGCUCGGCCACGCUCUUUGAUGAUCAGCUGCGUGAGCUGACUGAGUUUCUGCGCCUGCAAAUGCGCUGUGGUUAUCCACCACUUGGCAUUCCAGUGCUAGCGCCGGCUCAGCUGGCCUAUAAGCAGCUGAACAUCAAAACAGAAAGUCUUGCCUGUCAGGGCAACUUUACGGAUCUGUCCAUAGUGGGUCUGGAUAGUUUUGAGUUUCGUCAGCUCAAUUGGAACAAUGUGCUGCAUAAAAUCAGAUUCGAUCUCAACUUUCCCAGCAUUAAGUUGACCAGUUCAAAAUAUCAGCUGGAUAUAUUAUCACGUCUCUUUGGCUCUGACUUUAGCCUCUGGGGCGAUGGCGUCUUUGAUCUGGAGCUGCUUAACCUACGCGCCAAUGGCAGCUUCAUCAUUCGCCCCUCGGGUCUUACUCAUGGCACACACAUCAAAAGCUGGAAAGUGGAUUGGCAGUUAGGUGCUGCCAAUUCGAAAAUCACUGGCAUUAUGGGCAGUCGCUUGUGGUCGAAAUUUGUCAACGAUAUUAUUAAUGAAUUUUUCGAGCUGACCAUAAAUGAUAAUCCUGAGGAGGUGGCUGACUUUAUGCAGCAACUAAUUGUGCCGCCCAUGAAUGCGGCCUUGGAGAAUGUGGCUUGGUAUGAAAUAACUGCCGUUAUCUUGGGCCUGGUCAAGGGUGUGCUGCCAGUAGAGCCCAUUUGUUAAUAGUGCAAUUAGAGAUGGCAUGGGCUAGAAUGUAGCUCCAAGUCAAGUAAUUCACCACUUUGAAUAUUCUAUUCUUAUCGAUUGAUAAAGUAAAAUAAAAAUAAUUGUGAGUGUGAACAAUUCUGUAAAUUAAAAGUAAAUUUAUAGCUAUGUCGGAUCGGACUGGAGCUCCGCUUUGGAGUCUGUCGCCCAUCUCUAAGUACAACACU